AAAGGUCAGCCAAUCAGAUGAGCGGAAGUUUAACGUUGCGGUAAUCCGGUUCAGACAUAACAAGUGCGGCCGACUGAACCUGAACUCCAGGCUGAUUUUCUGCCCUUUAGGCUCUAAAAACUACACCCUGCACUGUCUCACCGCCGAGCUGGACGUGUGUGCUUACUGCCAUGGUGGACUGAUAUGUGUUACGACGAGAAUCUUUUGCGCUGGAGGAGAAUUGUUCCGUUGUGAGCUAGUUUGGUCCGUCAGUUAGUGGUGAUGUUGUGCACGGGACUGGAGCAGCGAGCAGCCUGACGCGUCUUCACCACAGGCCGGGACGAGCCGUUCAGCGGAGCCCGGAGGACCAAGAUAACCAAAUGGGAGCCAGGAAAGCCUCCAGAAACUUCGUGAAAUAACCGGGUACUUGGAUACCGUUAACCUGCUCCGAACUGCCUCACCAAUUCCUGUUGAAAGUGAGACCCAAACAUCUUUCACGGUGGAAACGAGAAGAAGAGCAAAGAUGAAUGCUGUGCGGGGGGGCACAGUCACCUGGCGUCCCCAGCCAUGGCAGGACGGGGAUGGGGGAGGAGGGGAGCCUCUGUCAGACAGCGACUCAGAAGAGGAGGACUUCCCUGAUGAUAGCACCACCCCGUUGGGGGACUACAUCACACAUGGACUGAAGCAACUCCUCGAUGCCCAGCAGCUGUGUGAUGUUACUCUGCUUGUUGAGGGAAAGAAGUUCAUGUGUCACAGAGUCCUCUUAGCAGCUGUGAGCCCCUACUUCCGGGCCAUGUUCACCAGCCCCCUGGUGGAGUCCCGCCUAACGGAGAUCCGUCUGGAGGAGGUGACGCCGUCUGUCAUGGAGACUGUCAUCCAGUUUGUGUACACUGGUGAGGCGGGACUCUCUCUGGACACAGCUGAGGAUCUGUUUGUGGCUGCCAACCGGCUUCAGGUCAUGCCCCUUCAAGACCUGUGCUCCAGGUUUCUAUUUGAGCACCUCUCAGUAGAUAACUGCCUGGGGAUGUACUCUCUGGCUCGCUCUCACCACGACCAACUGCUGCUGCGUGCCUCCCUGCGGCUGGUAGCCCAGCACUUCCCCCGGGUUGCCCGGCAGAAAGACUUCCUCCUACUUGACCAUGGCACCUUAGGCAGCCUCCUGAGCUCAGACCGCUUGGGGGUUGACUCUGAGGCGGAGGUCUACGAUGCGGCACGCCGCUGGGCAGAGCACCAGCCCUUGGACCGUUACGCCCACAUGCCAGCACUGCUGCACCACCUGCGGCCGGGGCUGCUGUCACAGGAAGAGAGCCGAAGACUGAGCCAGGAGUUGGGGCCCGCUGCGGCUGGUGAGGGCCUUGGGGGGCCUCUGAGACCACGGGAGGGAAUGUUUGAGAAAAAGAUUGUCUGUGUGGACCUGACGCCUCGGGAGGAUGAGAAUUUAGCUGCAAGAGACUACACAGUAGACUGCUUUGAUCCCCGGACAGGGAAGUGGGAGAAGUUAGCAGCGCUGGGAUCACUUGUCAGUCCCGGCUGCACUGCAGUCGGUGACAGGCUGUUUGUAGCUGGUGGGAUUCUGCGGACAGGCUCUGUGUCUGCAGCUGUGCAUGAAUAUGAUGCAGUGUUGGACCGCUGGAUAGAGCGGCCUUCAAUGGUCCAGCCCAGGGCUAUGCUAGGCCUGCUGGGAUGUGGAGAGUCACUCUAUGCCUUAGGUGGCAGUAACCGCUCGGCCCUGUUGGACUCCAGUGAGACACUGGUGCUGACUACACUACAGUGGGCUCCGGGGCCUCGGCUACCACUACCUCUGCGCGCCUUUGCCUGCGCAGCGUUACGUGGACGACUUUACCUUCUGGGUGGAACUACACUAGAACAGAACCGGGCUGUGGUCCACUCGGGUGUGCUUAUUUAUCACACCCUAACAGACUGCUGGACACGUGUGUCGCUGGACUCUGGCGCCACCUGCCUUGCCGGAGGAGUAGCAGUGCGAGGAGGAGUCUGUGCAAUCGGGGGAUACAUGAGGGAUACCACCAAGUUCUUAGAUGGAAACUACACCAAUCUGGAGACUUUGGACGCCACUGGGCGUGUUCUGUUUUUCAGAGAGGGCAGGGGGUCCGGGGUAGAGAGGGAGGUGACUGGGGGAGGGGUGAUGGUCACCGCGGAGCAGCGGGGCGGUGCAGGUGGUGGAAGCGACCGAGCCCCAAGCCCUGUGGUAUUUCCCGGGCUGCCGCGGCGGAUAGCAGCUGGGGGUGUGGCCAGGUGGAAAAGGAGGAUUUAUGUGCUGGGUGGGGAAAAUGGCUCACGGUUCUAUGACAGUGUGUACUGUUGGAAGCCCGGUUGGCGGAGCUGGGUCCAGAGACGUGAAAAACUUCCUGGAGAUACAGGAGGAGUGAGCCAGUUUGGGUGUACCACUCUAAAAUUCCCUAAGAAACAUAUCCUGUCCAGACUGAGACUAGCCAAAGAAAACUGCAAGAAGGCUGCUGACUAGCUUGACAGGGAGCAGUAUGACUGAAGUUGAGGCAGCCGAUCAUGUGACACUGAGAUGAGCUCCAGGCUGAGUUUGAAUUAGCGCCUCCUUGACCUCAAGAAAUGUUGGUGUUGAGAUGAAGUCACAAGGAAGAGACUAUUUUAUACAAUUAGAGUGCAGCCACAGAGCAGGAUAUUAAUGGACUGGACGCAGACCGAUCUUAUGAAAUUUAGCAUGGAUAGUCAAUUGUACAGGCAGAGGGCAAGUGGAGCCAAAAACUGGUUUAACAGGCAACAUGCACCUGAAUGUAACCAAUCCACUAGCUGUCAGAACGGUUAAGUCCUUUGAGAGAGAAAGGGGCCUUAUAAUUGUAUUCUCAUGGUGUAAUGUUGUCAGGGUUUUGCUGGUGUAAUAUUUUUAAGGCUGUUUGAGAAUCAUUUCAAUGCUGUGAAUUUUUCACCAGUUUAGACACAAGGAUACCUGCACAUUUCUGACAAGGCCAUAUUUCACUGAUUUGCCUCAACUUUAAGCUGAAUGACCUUUUAUUAGAGCCUGAAACAAAAACACUUGCAGUAUUGGAUACAUUUCUUCCAGUCUGCUUGUUUGCAGCACACCCAGUUUGCUCUCAGUACUUGGAAACUGAAAGAGUGCUGCACUCAGCAUCCUGUUAAAAAGUGUGGAUAGUCGUUACCUCUGUGAUCGAACUAAAUUCUGUGUGUCCUUUGAGUAAUUCUCAGAAAACAAAGGAUUCAGCUUCUCAUCCAAGGAAAAGUCUGUCCCCUGUACUGAUCUUCCCAAUUCAGUGGAGGACUUCAGUCUAAUCUUUUAUAAAAGCAGAAAACCUGAGGGUUUGGUGCAACUUGUAGUUCUCAUUGGCCUAUUCAAACCCCUGCGUGCUGAGCAAAGGCCCAAGAGUGUGUUUUUACUUGGCAGGAACUUUUAUUCAUGUUUUCAAUGUUCUUAUAAAGACGCCGCCAAGUCAAAGAAGUGGAACGUAGCAUUUGGAGAAAUGUGCUGAUAGGGCUGGGUAUGGAAAAAAUGACAUACGAUAGUCAGAACACCUUCUUCCAUCAUCAGUAAGUAAGAUGUCUUUUAGCAAUGGAAAAUCUCCUGUCAGGGUUACUGGGUAGAUCUCGACAACACUGUACUGCAAAGUGAGGAAAUACGGGAACUGUUUCAUUCUGGGGAGAAUUUCACAUACUAACUGUUUCAUAUUGUUAGUUUUUACAGCAAAUUUGUGCAUCUUGAUUCACGGCAUUUUAUAGAUCCCACUGUACAAUUACAGUGAUAGGUGAUAAAUAUGUAAGGGUUUCAUGCGGCCCUAUUUUAAGAUGACUUAUGUUUGUGUCUGGACUGUCGCUCUGUCCAGCAUCUUUCCGAAACAUUCAAGCCAGGUGAACAGCUGCCUUUACUUCAUUCAGCAGCCGUGUCAGGAUUACAUUUUUCUUUCAUUUGCUCCAGCCACCGGACUUGUGAAUGUGUUGGGCACAGAGGAUAUGACAUAUCUGAACACAUUAGCAUUGCACAUUAUUUAUUGAAAUGUAUUUUUAAGGUUGUUUUUGUUGUUGUUUUGAAAUGGUAACUUUUGCUCUGACUGCAGUUUAGGAAGCCUGGCUGUACUGUAGGAUGGCACUAUAAUAAGAGUUUGAACAGAGCUGUCAGAAAGCAGCACAUGUGUUUUGAUCUCUCUGACUAAGGGCUUCAAAGUAACUGAGUUCUGAAAGUCAGAAAGUUUGGCCAGAAAUGUAAGCACAUUGUUUUGUUGUAAGCCGCUAUGUUUUCUCUCCUCGUCUGAUUUCUUCUUUUAUUUAUUCAAAUUGAUCAAAUCCAGAUACUUCUGGGGGAGAUAUGUGCAUAUGGAAAAAAAAACUGCCAGCUGUGUCUGAAAUAUGAAAAUCACGGAAAGAUGUCUACGACAUUAAAAUCAAUGGGCCAUUAAAAACGCAUCAGGGAACUAUUUUGGGCGCUAAUUCAGUCAACUUGCUCAGUUGACUUCACCAUUUCAACAAUCAAAGUUUUCAUUACUGCAGACCAGAUAUUAGUUUUCAGACGUAGCUUUAGCUUGGUGAACACUGAUACUGUUUGGAUAGGUCAGUUACAUUGUCAGCCUAAAACAGGAAAUGAAGAUGGUGGCAGGAUGGGCCUCGGUAAUGGCAAAAUUCAAUUUUUAGUCCCAACUCCUACCCCUGAGAUAAGAGACAGCGUUUACCAAAGCAGUAAAUCAAAUGUAGUCUGAAACUCAAGAAUUUAAACCGGUUGAAGUUGGGAAAAAAUAGAGGCUUUUUCACAUAAUAUAACCAACUGAUGCAAAAGUCAUGUAUCUUCCCAAAAAAGAUUAAAAUUAGACUUUGGUCACGUUUGUCUAAUAGCUCUGCUUUUUACUGCUUUCCACUAGGUUAUCCUGAAUAAACCAGCCGAAAAUACAUUUCAUGAAUUUCAGUCAAACCAUCCUCCCUUUCAGAACUUUCCAAAUUGUUACAAUGACUCAAGUUUCCCUUGAGACCAGAACAGUGGAACUUCCCCAAUUUUCCAGCCAACGUUUAACACCACCGAUAACAAGCCGUUUCUAGCGAGCAUAGAAACUCUCCAGUGACACAGCUACCGUCUCACUCAGCUUAUUAAUUGUAACAUUGUGAUCACUGCUGGUCCAUAUUAAGUCUGUUUUUAAUACAUACUAUAUGUUACAUGACAUACUUUAGCUUAUUCAACUAUAUGCAAUUAGUACAUAAAAAUCAAACAAUAUUCCACAAUCUUUUUUUCCUCACCCAACCCACGCUCUUGAACAGAGACAAUGAUGAGCUCUUUUCAUGAACAGUAAGAGGGACAACUCAGAUGUUUGGGCUCGAGACAUUUUAUAUUAUAAGAAUUCAUACCUGAUAAGUAUGACUUGAAGUGUGUAGCUGACCGAAAUGCAAAAAAGUUUUCUGGUUUCUGGUUUCACUGGUCAAACACAGAAUGAAGAGUUUUUGUUUGUUUGUUUUUGUUUUUUUAACCAUGAGUUGUGAGCUUGUUUCUACAAAUACCCAUGACACACUGUCAGUUUUAUUUCCCAUAACACGCUCCGAAUUCUCACCCAGAAAUGUUCAGUGACUUGAUUUUCUUUUCCUCCGUGUGCUUACAGCUUGUAUGAGAUGUGAAAAGUGAUUGUGUGCGCAUGCAUGUUUUCUAUGCCGGGGCGUAUAUCUGUUCAACACAAGCUCUUUGCACACAUGCACACCCAUGUACUGUGUGUCCAUUCGGAGAAGUAAAGCUGCCCUCGUUUGUACAAUCGAAUGACGUUUGUGAGCUGAAAGGCAAAUGGAUGACUUGAUGAAAGCAGUGCUAUCAAACGAUUAAAGGACUAUUUGCUUAAAUGGUUUUAUUUUCACUGAUGACUUUAUUACAACUGUACACACACUUGGCUGAUCAAUGAUCAGAUUGGGAAACAAACCUAUGCAGUGUGCAAUAGGACACAUUCAAUAUUUUCAAGUGUGAUGGGUCCCCGAUUGAAUGGCUGCAAUAGAGCUGCUACCCAAGAAUAUUCUCGGUAUCAUAGUAGCAAAUUUUUACUAUUAUUCAAUGAAAUAUUUACUCGAUAAAAUGUCAAAAAUAAUGAAAAAUCCUCAUAAAGUGGAAUAAAGUGUCCAUUGACUUAUCGACAAACUAGUGAUUUCAGGCUGCUUCGUUAACAUUUUCUA